AUGGAUCCCCUCGAAGAGUCGCCCUGGGGCGAUUCGCAACCCGCCGCCGAGGCCCCCUCGCAAGCGCCCUCUCAGAACGAGCAGUCGACGUCGCAGGCUUCCGCCAAGUCGGACGCUCCCAGCACCUCCUCCGCCCCUCGUCCGUCACGAUCCGGUCCCGUCCGUCGCCUGGUCGCCCAGCCCACCCGCCUCGAGGCCGUCGACGAUCCCCUCGGUCCUCUGGGUCCCCUUGGCGCUCCCGCCGCCGCCGACGACCAUGGCGCCGACGCGGGCCAAGACGCUCCGCCCGUCCCGCCGCAGAAGGAGCAGAUGGUGAUCCGCACCACGAUGCCGCCGCAGCAGCAGGCCAGGCGCUCCGGUCCGGCUGACCCUCACCGCAUCGACGACGACGAGUACGAUCGCCCCUCGGGCCCGAGACAGCCGCCGCCCGUCCAGGCCGCGCAUCCGAGUCCCGUCCGGACGCAUACCCAACCCAGCAUGAGCGUGGAGCAGGCUAGCAAACCGACCUUUACCAUCACCGUGGGCGACCCGCACAAGGUCGGCGACCUGACGAGCUCGCACAUUGUCUACUCCGUGCGGACCAAGACAUCCUCCAAGGCUUACAAGCAGCCCGAGUUCGAGGUCAAGCGCAGGUACCGCGACUUCUUGUGGCUGUAUAACACACUCCACGGAAACAACCCGGGAGUGGUCGUGCCGCCGCCGCCGGAGAAGCAGGCCGUCGGUCGCUUUGAGAGCAACUUCGUCGAGGGACGUCGGGCCGCUCUCGAGAAGAUGCUGAACAAGACCGCCGCGCACCCGACCCUCCAGCACGACGCCGACCUGAAGCUGUUCCUCGAGAGCGAGUCGUUCAAUGUUGAUGUCAAGCACAAGGAGCGCAGAGAUCCGCUUCCCAGCGAGAGCAAGGGCGUUCUUGGCAGUCUGGGUAUUAGUGUUGGCAGCAGCAACAAGUUCGUCGAGCAGGAUGAUUGGUUCCACGACCGCAAGGUGUACCUCGACGCUCUCGAGAACCAACUCAAGGCACUGCUCAAGGCCAUGGAGACGAUGGUCGGCCAGCGUAAGAUGAUGGCCGAGGCCGCCGGGGACUUCUCGGCGUCGCUCCACGCCCUCUCCACCGUCGAGCUCUCGCCAUCUCUCUCAGGACCGCUGGAUGCGUUGUCGGAACUGCAGCUUACCAUCCGUGACGUCUACGACCGCCAGGCGCAGCAGGAUGUCCUCACUUUCGGCAUCAUCAUCGAGGAGUACAUCCGUCUCAUCGGCUCGGUCAAGCAGGCCUUCAGCCAGAGGCAAAAGGCGUUCCACUCGUGGCACUCGGCCGAGUCAGAGCUGCAGAAGAAGAAGAGCACACAGGACAAGCUCCUGCGACAGGGCAAGAGCCAGCAGGACAGGCUGAACCAGAUCAGCGCUGAGGUGGCCGACGUCGAGAGGAAGGUCCACCAGGCGAGGCUUCUCUUUGAGGACAUGGGACGUCUGAUGAGGGCGGAGCUGGACCGCUUCGAGAGGGAGAAGGUCGAGGACUUCAAGAGUGGAGUGGAGACGUUCUUGGAGAGCGCGGUUGAGGCACAAAAAGAGUUGAUUGAAAAGUGGGAGACAUUCCUAAUGCAGCUGGACGCCGAGGACGACGAGACGGUCUUCUACCGCCCGCCCGUCAUCCAGCAGAGCAAGCCCCCGGGCGACACGGCCAUCGACAGGGCCCGCGCCACCAUCAACGACGACUCCGAUUAG